CUGAAAGAAAGUGGCACAGAACACAAGAGAGAACUGCCAGCAAGCAAAAACAGCCCAGCCUGUAUUGUAGCUUUUAGGUAGAAACUGACAUCAACUCAUUGCAGAAACUUCUAAAUCUUGGCCUGUAGACAGCACUGGUUUUUUUUCCCCAUGGAUGAUGAAGUGUCGCACUCUGCUCAGGUAGAGCAUGGCUCACUUUUGCUACGGCAGCUGGAGAAGAUGAGAGCAGCUAGGGAGCUCACUGAUGUGGUGCUGUUUGCAGAAGGGAUUCCCUUCCAUUGCCACAAGGUGGUGCUGUCUGCAUUCAGUCCUUACUUCCAGGCCAUGUUUACAUGUGGUCUAAAGGAGACCCAGGGAGGAGAGGUACCUCUCAGAGACACCCCUGCUCAAAGCUUAAGGCUGCUGCUGGACUACAUGUACUGUGCUGAGCUCCCACUUUCAAACAGCAACAUCCAGGGAGUGGCUGCUGCUGCCUUUCUGCUACAUGUAGACGGCGCCUUCAGGUUGUGUCAGAGCCACAUGGAGGCCUGCAUGGACCCAUCAAACUGUGUUGGUCUGUACCACUGGGCCAGAAACUUGGGAGCAACUGGUCUUGCUGACUGUGCCUUGAGAUACCUUUGUCAACACUUUGCACAGGUUUGUGAGGAGGAAGAAGUGCUAGAGCUGGAUGCCCAAAGUCUUGGGGAACUGCUUGGUUUAGAUGACCUUAAUGUAUCACAGGAGGAGGUUGUUUUGGACCUGGUGUUGCGUUGGGUGGAAAGACGUAGGGGUAACUUGCAAAGCGAAACCCAGGCUGUGGAGUUACUCAGACAUGUCCGGCUGGAGCUUGUGGACCCUGGAUUUCUCCGUAAAGCAAGAAGGAGAAACCCGGUGCUUCUGCGGGACGAUGAGUGCUUUGGGAUGAUUGAUGCUGUUCUCCAGACCUCAGGCCUCUGCGAGACCUCAGCUCCUCCUCGCCGAGCUCUUCGCUAUGGCAUGGAGACAACUGAUUUGCUGCUCUGUUUGGGUGGAGUGAAUCAGGACGGGGUGCCUGCCCGGCGUGGAGGACUUGCUGACCUCAGUUUUUGCUUUGACCCCCAUGUUAGGAAGAUUUGCUACAUCCCCUCUCCACUGAAGGCCUGCGGCAGUGUGGGACAGAUCACAGCAGGAGCAGUGAGUCGAGAAAACAUUAUAGUAGUGGCUGUAGAGGCAGAAGACCAACAUCGAAUGAAAACGAUUGAUAUCUACAGGUAUGACAGUUCAGAGGAGAACAGCUGGGUGAAGCUGUGCUCUGCAGCGUACAGGGACAUGUAUGCAUUAGGGCUCAUAGGAGACGCCCUGUAUUUGAUCGGUGGCCAGAUGAAAGUACGUAACCACUAUAUCAUCACAGACAGCGUGGAGAGAUGGUCACUGAGGAGAGGAGGCAGCUGGCUCAGCUUUGCUCCACUGCCUCUUUCAUUAGCUUGCCACUGUGUUGUGAACCUAAAGGAGCAUCUUUAUGUGCUGGGGGGCUGGACACCACAGGAUCACCCUGAUGAUGAGCCUGACAAGCUCAGUAAUCGUGUGUUUCAGUUUGACCCCGGCAAAGACAGGUGGACAGAGUGUGCCAGUAUGAAGUACUCCAGGUACCGCUGUGGAACAGCUGUCCUCAAUGGUGAAAUCUACAUAUUAGGUGGUAUAGGAUGCGAUGGAGAGGACCGUGGACAAUCACGUCGUUGCCUGAGCUCUGUGGAGAUCUACAACCCAGAUACAGACACCUGGAGGGCAGGACCAGCCCUUCCUACAUCCCUACUUUCCCUUCGAACCAAUGCCUCCAAUAUAGGAGUAGUGGAGGGAAAGCUCUACCUCUGUGGAUACUACAAGGGGGCCGGUCGUCAUGAGAUCAUCACCAAGGAGAUUUUGGAACUGGACCCUGCAGACAAUGUGUGGACAGUUGUGGAAAGACGAGCAGCCAUGCACGACAGCUAUGACGUCUGUCUGGUGGCUAAUCUUAAUCCUCGAGACCUCCUCACACCCUAAUGCAUCCCCUCCUAUGUAUAUAGAAAGUAAGCCUAAACUCAUAGAGCCUUAUUCCAUAAAGCUUUAUUUGCUUUUGGAAGUUAAAAACUCAACUUAGGUUGAGUCUUCGAGUGUCUGAAAAACAAGGAUAUUUUUCACAUUCAUUAUUUAUCACACCAAUUUGAAAUCAAAAGGAGAGAAGAACAUUCUUUAUCAUUAACUAGCAAUUUUAAAAAAUUUUUUGGACAUCACACUUUGCACAAUGUAAUUUAAUUGCCACAUGUAAAUAACAUGUCAGUGUUAGCUUAAAGGAAAUGUAUAUUGUCUUGUAUGAUAUAUUUGUAACUUACUUUAAUUUUUAAACAAAAAACACCUGUUCUGUGGAGUCACACCACAGUGUAAGAAAAUGCCAAUUCUGAGGGGUUUUUAAGGUGUGCAUACUUGUUGGGUCACAUAAGACAAUAAGAUCCAUGAAGAAAACUAAAUAGGGGUUAAAAAUGAAAUACUGCAUAUGUUCAGUCAACAGUAUGUGUGCUGCAUGUCCUGUCCAAACAAUUUAUUUU